AUGGCCAUGAUGAAACUAUCACUUUUCUUAUUUUUCUUCCUCAUUUUUUAUAUAGCAGCUGAUACGGUAUGGGAUAUCAUUAAAAUCUACAGUAUCCAUCACACCUCAUUUUAUUUUCAGAUAGAAAUAACUGUUAACCAAUAUACCGGAUUGAAACGGCGUGAGAUUCGAGGAAUUGAGAAUAAGUUUUAUCAGUUUCAGUAAGUUGAUAAGAAAGUUAUCGGAAGUGAUGAUAAUAUACAUGUUUAGGUUUUGCGCAUGUCCGAAAAAAUUGACUGAUCGUUUAGUAGCCAAUAAUCUUCAAAAAUGUGAUUGUUCCGGGUUUGAAAGAGGAAAACAACUCCGAGAAUCAAUUGGAAUCGCGAAACUUUCGAAUUCUGUUAUAUCGAAAAUUGCCAAUUUUGUGAGUUUAAAUCAAAUGUUCUGUUCGUUUUUCUUGAAAACGAUUAAAUCAUAAAAAUUAUUGUUUUUUAAACACAAUCAUAUGCCUCCGAAAAGCAAUAUAACGAAGAAAACAAUAUUUUGAUUCCGUCAUCAUUGCAUAUAAAAUCAUUUCAGGACGAAGAAACGAGUCGUCUUCUAGUUAAAGUUCUUGCUGGUGAUAGAACUCUUACUUGGCCUGAUUUUCAAACAAUUCCAAUGUCUAACUCAAAAUCCGAAGUGUUGUUGACAACUUUACCAAAUUCUAAAAUGCGACUGGCUUAUACAACAAAUUCAAUUCAAAAAUCUACACCAGGAGAUAAUAUUCCAGUGAUGACAAACGAGAAACCAAAACUAUCGAAACUUUCAACAUUUUUCAAAACAUUCAGAAAAUCUGGAGCGAAAAAAGAAGAAGAACCCAAACAAAAAUAUGAAGUGAAAGCAGCUCCAACUCCAGUGACAACAUUCAGCAGCUCAUUGGAAAUUAAUCCGGAAAUUCGACGAUUGAGUAAUAUGAAUGCUGUCAAGAGUUAUCUCUUUUCAAGAAGUCGAGUGGAUAAAAAUGAACCGGUUUCAUAUGAUGUUCAAUCUUUAAAAAAUAUGGUAAGUUUAUCUUUCUCUCUUUUGUAUUUUUAAAAAACAUUGACGUUAUUUUCAGAUAGUCUCUUAUCAUAAUAUUUACCGAUCAAAACAUAGUGCUCUCGCCCUUUCAGUUGAUCCAGUUUUAGAAAGUCGAGGCAAACGAUGGGCAGAUGAACUGGCUUAUCAUAAAGGAUGUUUGAUACACGAACAACCAAGAGUGUAAGUGAUAAAUUAUUAUAUUAUUUAUCACACAUCUUAUAUUUAUAGCUAUGGAGAAAAUCUCUUCUUUUUUGGCGCCCGUCAUUUACCAAAUCCAAAAACUCUUGCACAAGCUGUAACUCAAAGUUUCUACUUGGAAGGAAUUGGAUACAAUUACUCCAACUGGAGACCAUUCUCAUAUUUCAAAACUGGACAUUUCACCCAACUUGUUUGGAAAAAAUCAACAAGAAUCGGAGUUGGAAUAUCAAUUGUGAAAGCUAACACAGUUCGUAGUCCAUGUAUGUCAACAUCUUCAAACAACAUGUAUUUGAUUUGGGUAGUUGUGAAAUAUGAUCCGGCUGGAAAUUUCGAAUCAAAAAAUGAAUAUUUGGAUAAUGUUAGACCAAUGACUUCAUCUUUUUAA